ACAGUUAUAUGUUAAACAAUGUGAGACAGUGAAUGCCAUGAUAAAGAAUGCUAAGACAACAUACUAUUCAUCGGUUAUUUCUAGCAAUGCACAUAAUCAGAAAGUGUUAUUUAGUACGGUUGAUAAAUUACUCCAUCGAAAGUCAGAAAAGCGCUAUCCAACUGCGUCAUCAACCACAGAACUCGUGAAUAAAUUUGCAGAUUUCUUCAGUAAUAAGAUUACUACUCUACGGCAAGAACUAGUCAUUGAUUCUUCCCACUGUAAUCAGCUAAAUCAAGAGGAGCAAUAUGUACAAUGCGCUAAAUUCAUUAACUUUCAAGAAGUCACGGAACAUGAAAUUAAAAAUAUUAUUGAUAUAGUUGGAAAAAAAUCUUGUGAACUUGAUCCAGUUCCCGCAAAAAUCUUUCAAAGUUGUCAGAAGACUCUCUUACCUAUAAUUACUAAGAUCAGUAAUGAGUCACUUCAGUCAGGUUGUAUGCCUGGAAAACUAAAAGAAGCCGUGUUGAAACCAAAACUAAAGAAAGAUUCGUUGGAAUACGAAGAAUACACAAAUUUUAGACCUAUUUCAAAUUUAAAACUCCUGUCUAAAGUAAUUGAGAAGGCCGCCGCCGGUCAGCUUCUGGAACAUUUGGCUAAUAACAACCUAGAAGAACCUUUCCAGUCGGCAUAUAAACGUUUUCAUAGCGUGGAAACAGCCCUAUUAAAAGUGCAAAACGAUAUUCUUGUGGCUAUUGAUAAUCAUAAGUGUGUUGUGUUGUUACUACUAGAUAUGUCAGCAGCAUUCGAUACUGUUGAUCACGAAAUUUUAUUACAAAGAAUGUUCAAACGAUUUGGGAUAGAUGGACAAGUAUGGAAAUGGUUUCAGUCCUAUCUUCAAAAUAGAACGCAAAGUGUAGUAAUUGAUGGUGUUAAAUCUAUCUCUAAAGACUUGAGCUGUGGAGUCCCACAAGGAUCAGUUCUCGGACCUAUAUUAUAUUUACUAUACACUUCACCCCUUGGUGAUAUCAUUAGAGGUCAUGGUCUUGACUUUCACUUUUACGCAGAUGACUCGCAAUUAUAUCUCGCUUUUGAGUCAACCACUGAAGGAAAAGCGGGAGCACUGGUACAAAUUGAAAUGUGUGUAAAGGAGAUUGAUUUGUGGAUGGUCAAAAAUAAAUUAAAAUUGAAUGGGGACAAGACUGAGUUACUAGUAAUCAAUGCACGAAAUCGUUUAUGCCCUGCUGUACACCAUAUAGAAAUAUCUAAGUCAAUAGUUCAACCAAGUACUUCAGCACGAAACAUCGGUGUAACCUUCGAUCAACACAUGUCCAUGGAUAAACAUAUUACCAACAUUUGCAAGAACUGUUUUUUCCAUUUGAGAAAAAUAGCAAGAAUAAAAGAGUACUUAUCAAAAUCAGAUAUCCAAACCCUAGUUCAUGCCUUUAUUACAUCGAAACUGGAUAAUUGCAACUCUUUGCUAUACGGACUACCUAAAUUUCUUAUAGAUCGGUUACAGAAUGUGCAAAACUGUGCUGCUCGUCUGGUGACAGGAAGCAGAAAAUACGACCAUGUUACUCCAUUAAUGAAACAAUUACAUUGGCUCCCCAUUAGUCAACGCAUCAUCUAUAAAAUUGUUCUUAUUACAUAUAAAUCCCUGAAUGGUGCUGCUCCACAUUACAUUAACAAUAUGCUAAAACCUUACACACCAUCAGCAAAUUUACGCUCUUCAUCCAAGGGACUGCUCACAAUACCCUCAGUAAAAUUGGUUAACUAUGGUGAACGAUCGUUCUCAUAUGCGGCACCGAAACUGUGGAACGAACUACCAGAACAUGUUAGAAAGAGUGAGACCUUGCCUAUUUUUAAAACUAGAUUAAAGACACAUCUUUUUAAACAGUGUUAUGACUAAGUACUAUUUUAACAAGUAUUACCAAUUUUAUAGUAUUUUAUAUAGUUUUUUAAUAUUGUCAACAUUUAUAGCAUAAAGUAAUUUUAUAUUCAUAAUGAAAAGAACAUAUAGUACUUUUAGUAUAGUUAAUGUAUGUAUUACCAACCUUAGUAUUAUGCAUGUACUUAUAUAUAGUAUAUAUUUUUAACACUUAAUUAAUGUUAAGCGCCAUUGAGCUACAGGAAAUGGCGCUAUAUAAAUGAGUAAUAAUAAUAAUAAUAAUAAUGACGACAGCGAAAUAGCAAACAUUUCUUGAUUUGAUGAUUGAUUAAUUUUUUGCUCGCAUUUUUGCAAGAUUUUGUAAAUUUCAAAAGUUUCCUCAUAAAGAAAGGGCGAAAGAAUCGGCUAAAAAAAGGGAGCCGACGUUAACGAAGGUAAGUUUGUUUUAAAUAUUGAUUUUAUAGUGGAUUUAAAACCCGACGGCCUUUGCGUAUGAGAAACAACUAAACAAGACAGCAUAUAAUUUCAGUGUAUCUUUACUAUUGAUUCCCUUUUUUAUUAUAUUGAAUUUUUUAAAUAAAAAAGGAAGCAAAGUUAUUUGCAAGCGAGAAUUUGAAAUCAUUUUAUUGCAAACUCAAAGUUUAUCGAUAAAGCCAUUUAACUAAAGACCCUUUUAGUUUUAUAAAGAACACUUUAAAACGUUUUGCCAAGCGUUCGUAGUUGAAUUUUACCUUAAAUUGAAGCUUAUAUGUAUGUAUGUAUGUAUGUAUGUAUGUAUGUAUGUAUGUAUGUAUGUAUGUAUGUAUGUAUGUAUGUAUGUAUGUAUGUAUGUAUGUAUGUAUGUAUGUAUGUAUGUAUGUAUGCAUGUAUGCAUGUAUGCAUGUAUGCAUGUAUGCAUGUAUGCAUGUAUGCAUGUAUGCAUGUAUGUAUGUAUGCAUGUAUGCAUGUAUGCAUGUAUGCAUGUAUGCAUGUAUGCAUGUAUGCAUGUAUGCAUGUAUGCAUGUAUGCAUGUAUGCAUGUAUGUAUGUAUGUAUGUAUGUAUGUAUGUAUGUAUGUAUGUAUGUAUGUAUGUAUGUAUGUAUGUAUGUAUGUAUGUAUGUAUGUAUGUAUGUAUGUAUUUCUUUACAGACGCUAUCCUCAUCAGCUAUACGGCUGGUUUUCAUGAGGGGCGUCUAUUUAGCUAUUUACAAGUAUAUAAAAAUGAAGAAAAAACUGAUUAACCCACAGACCCAAAAAGAAUAUUACCCAGAACAUAGUUACAAAUGGAAUAACAAUUAAAAACAAGAUUCAAAUAAGUAUUUUGAAACAAUAAAUCGAAUGAGCAGACUUAGCCUCAGCAGAAAGACUAUUCCACAGUACAGCUCCACUAUACCUAAAGCUUCUUUUAAGAAAUUCUUUCUUAGGUUUUGGAAGUGAGAGAUCUUUAUCAUAAUUUCUGAGAUGAUAGUCAUUAUCAUUAUUGCUUCACGCAGAAAAGAAUUCUCGAAGACAGGGGGCAGUACCAUUAUUAAGAAUGUUGUAUACCAGAACCACUUUAUUAAAUCUAAAUCUGUUUUCAAGAUUUUUCCAGUUAAGCCGUUGAAGGAGCUCAGAGGAGUUGGGAAAUAGAUAAUUUUGAGUUGGGAAAUUGAUGUUGGGAAAUUGAUAAUUUUGUAAUUAAAAGUGAUAUUUUUAGGCGAUUUGUAAGAAUAUUCUUAAAAAAUUAUUAUCGUGCACCAUGACAACUACUCUAGAUACUUCAUGUUCGGAAAAUACAAUGGUUUUGUCAGCUAGGCGAGGGUUUGUGCAUGCAUGUAUUUUCUAGUAGUAGCUAUAGUAAAGAUAAAGUGUGCGUUCAAAAUACCAACAAGAACUAAAACAUUUAUUGUAUGGUUCUCAUUUGCCUAAUACAAUAACAUUAGUUCGAGGCGAAUUUUUAUUACAAGUAAGGUAUCAUAUCUCAUAGUAUAAAAAACAAUGUAAACUAGCCAUACAUUUCGCCGAAUAUAACUGUGAUAUAUUGCGCAUGCGCUUUGGGGGUUAAAGGAACAUGUGCGAGAGCGAUAAAACAAAGGUUGUUAUUCAGUUUUCUAAGGACAUUAAAAGUUGAGUUUGAGUUGUAUAACAGUGCAUUUCUGAGGAUAUAACAAUUGGCGACGAGCAUGGGAUUUCAAUAAAGGAUUCUGGUAUAUUUUCUAGCUGAACGAACGAGUUAAAACAGUAAUUUAGUGGAAUUUAGUUCUGUACGAGUACAAUUUAAUAGUAUGUCUUCGACGCCAUUAUUCGGCGUUCUGGGGGAAUUUGAUCCGUCUACCGAGUUGUUUACUGCAUAUUCGGAGAGAUUAGAGCAAUAUUUUAUCGCUAAUUCUAUCGGGCAAUGUCCUGCUGCUGCUACACAAGAAGUACUUGCCAGGGCCUUUUUUAACAUACAAGCUGGGGGGCAUUUGCCCCCCCCCAGUCCCCCCUUGUGCCCAUCCACGAAAUCACAUUUUGCCCCCCCAGAAAAAGUCCCUUUUUCCUAAAAUUAUAUAAACAAUCCAGCGAAGAUUAACAAAUAGAUAAACGGAAAGUAAGUUUUAGGCUUUAUCCUUUGUUCUUGUUUAAGAAAAUCGAUUUAAAGUGUUACUUUUUUUACCACUAAGUAAUGAUAAAUUAUUGUUAAUAUUUUUUUUAUUUUUUGGAUGCUCAGAAUGCAGGAAAUAGCAUUUCACGGUUUCAAAUUUCAAAAAUUUUCUUGGGAUUAUCCCUCUAAUAAGUAAUGAUAAAUUACAGUUAAUAUUCUUUUUUACUUUUAAUUUUGUGCAUUUUUCCAUCUUUUAUUUCAAAUACAACUAUAGUUAGCAUAGAUUUUAGAGCAAAUUUGGAUGCUCAGAAUGCAGGAAAUGGCAUUUCCGUGGUUCAAAUUUCAAAAAUUUUCUGGGGGAGUACACCCCCACACACCUGACCAUUGCUAUCCUCCUCUAAUAAGUAACGAUAAAUGAUGGUUAAUUUUUUUUACUUUUUGUGCGUUUCUUCCUUUAUUUAUUUCAAAUACAAGUAUGGUUAGCCAGUUAGGAUAAAUUUUGGAGCAAAUUUGGAUGCUCAGAAUGCAGGAAAUUACAUUUCCGGGAGUCAAAUUUCAAAAAUUUUCUGGGGGAGUACACCCCCAGACCCCCCCCCAUUCAUGCGUGGUAUAUUUGCCACACAUGUGGCUUUCAGCCAUUGCUAUCCCCCUCUAAAAUAUUAUCUCACAGAAAGGUCCCUUUUCAAAAAAUGCCCCCCCCCCACGGGAAAAUCCUUAAAAAAGGCCGUGGUACUUGCGGCUGCAGACAAGAAAAAAGUCGCGGUACUUAUUUCAGUUAUUGGAAAGAAAUCUUACGCAACCCUUCGUGAUUUGUGCAGUCCUGAUUCAUCCAAAGAUAAAAGUUUUUCUGAGCUUUGUGAAAUGUUACGUACUCAUUACAAACCGAAACGUUUGGUUGUAGCUGAAACUUAUAGAUUUCAUCGGUGUAUUCAAGAAGAAAAUGAAAAUGUUUCUGAUUACAGUGCACGUUUGCGACAUUAUGCUUCCACUUGUAACUUUGGUCAGUUCUUAAACCGUUCUUUGCGUGAUCAAUUUAUAUGCGGGAUUCGUAAUUCAGCUACUCGGAAAAAGUUACUAAAUAAAGACCGUACUUUUCAAGAUGUGUUAAAAGUGGCCAUAGCUGAUGAAGUUGCUGGUAAGGAGACUUUAGCAUUUCAAAACAAUACGAAACCAGUGAACGAAUCUGUGCAUGCUGUGGGUAGAAAUCAAAUUCCUGAUAAGUUUUCAAAUAGCAGGAAUACAUCAAAUUCCAAUAACCUAAGACCACCAUUGCCUACCGCCCAGAAAUUUUCAUAUGCCUGUUAUUCCUGUGCAUUGCUGAACUGAACAUUCUCUCUCGGGCCCAGUGUAGAUUUAGAAAUGUUGUAUGCAGCCGAUGUAAGCGGACUGGUCACAUUGCUCGUGUUUGCAAGAGAGGUAACAUGCAAAAUAACUUUGUUGAACAGAAACUGAGUUCAGAUGAUGUGUUUCUUGAGGAAGAAUUAUUUACGGUUUUUGAUGUUAGCUCCCUAUACAAAUCAGAAAUUUCCGUACCCUUGAAAAUUGAGAAUCAAGAGUGUUCCUUACAAUUAGAUACUGGUUGUGCAUUGUCCUUGGCCCCCCAAACCUUCUAUGAGCAAUUUUGUUCCCAUAUCCCUUUAAAACCUACCGCAGUGAGAUUAUCUACCUAUACCGGUGAAAAGAUUCAACCUUUGGGACAAAUCAAUGUUAAUGUUACUUAUGCUGGAACUCAGCACUCUCUUCCAUUACUGGUAGUACCACAGGGCUCUGGUGUCUUAUUUGGAAGAAACUGGCUAAGGUGUAUAAAGCUAGAUUGGAACAAUUUGCCUGGAAUAGAGUUACCGUCAUUUACUACCACAGCUACAUGCUCCAAGAUUUCUGAAAAUAAGAAUACAUUGGACUCACUCCUAUCAAAAUAUGAUGAACUGUUUCAACCUCAACUUGGGUGUUACACUGGUGAUGCUGUAGUUCUCAAUGAAAGUAAGGGAGCUAAAUUCCAUAAAGCACGUCCAGUUCCGUAUGCAAUACAGACAAGAGUUGAAAGUGCUCUACUAAAAAUUGAAAAAGAUGGUGUCAUUGAGAGGAUUUCUUCUGCUGUUAGUGCUGCCCCUAUUGUUACGGUGGGCAAAAAGGACGGUGAUGAAGUUCGAGUUUGUGGUGAUUUCAGUGUUACUUAUAAUGCAUGUGCUGGAGUUGAGACUUAUCCAAUGCUUAAAAUAGAAGAUAUGCAUUCUGCAUUGAGGGGCUGUCAAGUAUUCAGUGUAUUAGACCUGAAGCAAGCUUAUCAUCAAAUUCCCAUUUCAGCUGAGUCUCAGAAGUAUCUUACUAUCAACACCCAUCUGGGUCUCUUUGCUUUUAAAAGAUUGCCUAACGGGAUUCAUUCAGGUCCUGCUAUAUUUCAGAGAAUUAUGGAUGGAUUAUUAGCAGAUAUUCCGAAAGCUGUUAGCAGAUUGGAUGACAUUCUUAUUGCUGGAACUGAUUAUGAAGAUCAUCUGAAUACUUUGUCCCAAGUGCUAGAAAGAUUGCUUAAGUCUAGUUUCAAGUUAAACAAAUCUAAGUGCAAAUUUCUCCAGUCUUCUGUGGUGUACCUAGGUCAUCUAAUCGAUAGUGCUGGCCUCCAUCCAACUGAAGACAAACUAGCAGCUGUGCGUGAUGCCCCCCUCCAAAGGAUGCUACGGCUCUUAAGUCUUUCCUAG